AUGUGGGCACGUCGUGAUGACAGUCUUCGGCGAGUGGCAGUCCUGGGCUACUCCGACAUUGACUUGGCUCUGCAUCGUCUCCCAGGACUACUGGCUCCACUACAGCGGCAUGAAGCUGGAUCAGGACGACGAGGAGCCCGAGUCGGUGACCUGACCUACUUGGCCGUGGUCUGGUGGGCUGGUGUGGUGAUCAGCUUGAUCUUCUGCGGUUUUUCAGUGCCCCUUACUCACCUGCUGGAUGCAAGCAACCAGUACAACGACGUUGGAUUCUUCAACGAAAACGAGAUGCCUAUCAACGGCCUCUCUUCUACAAGGCUGCUUGCGGAUGGAUGGCUGAACUCCUGGGUCAGGUUGUUGGCGGGUUUGGACAAGCUGACCAAAACGGCCCCGUUGGCCAUAAUCGUGAUCUUUGCCACUCUUUCUGUCGUGUUGGAUGUUGUGGUGAGAGACACCCUCAACGUGAAUGAGUACAUCCUUCACCUCGUGUCGCGAUUCCGUGGUGGCAUGCAUCUCUUCGUCCACGCAUUGGCGGGCAAGACCCUAACCUUGAAUAUUAUGGCGAAUGAUGCAAUUGACAGUGUGACGGAGGACACCCCGCACCUGGUGUCGCGACUUCAUAGUGGCAUGCAGCUCUUCGUCAAUGCGCUGGCGGGCAAGACCAUCAUCCCGGAUGUUGUUGCGAAUGACAGCAUUCACCAGGUGAAGCCGAAUACCCUGCGCUUUGUGUCUCGACUUCAUGGUGGCGCACAGCUCUUCGCCCACACGUGUGCGGGCAAGACCAUCGCUAUGGAUGUUGUGGUGAAGGUAUUGCUUGCUGUCUGUGUUAGUUUAGCCGAUUAG